AUGUCGCAAAUGGUUCAUCACCUGUCCGAACGCGCGGAAGCGUGGUUCAAAUCAGUCACAGUCUCGCAAGCGCAACAGCAAACACAAUCAGACCGCGCCACCGCCUUGCUCUCUUCUCUCGGCCUUUCCCUCAAGAACACCACUUCUCACUCUCCCAUACUCGUUGCUGCGCUGGUAGGCAUCGUCACUUUUCUGACGUACCUCGUCUUUGUGCCUCCGCGCAACCUCAACGGCAAGAAUGGGGUCAAGGUGAUUGGAUCGUGGCCUUUUGCGGGAUUGGGAAGUAGAGAGUUUUUUGGUAAUCGAUACACCUUCUUGUCAGAGCACAUGACCAAAGAUCCACGUCAUCCCCUGCAAGGUCUGAUCAAGUUCAACCUGACAGGCAAAGUUGUCUACACGUUGGGCACCACCGACGUCGCUGUCCUCAAAGAGGUCGCCUUGCAUCCCGAUCUCAGUUUCAGUCAGGGCAACAACUUCUUGUUUGCUGGAAUUGCGGGCGCGAGUCAAAAGGGACUCAUUGAAGGAGAGAUGGACAAGCAGGAAAGGCAGGAGAUGAAAAUGCUGGCUGCUGCCAUCAGUCCACAACGUCUGAAUUCCAUGAGGCCAGCUCUCGUCCAAGACGCCAUCAACUUGCUUGAUGACUGGGUCGGCGGCUCAUCGGGCCAGUCGUCUACAGUCGAUCUUCAAAAAGCCUACUACCCCCUCAUCUUCCGCUACACCGUACGGCUGAUGGGCAUGACGGAGUACGCCACGGAUUCUGCCUCGCUCAAGAAGCUCAUGAACGCCUUUUGGGCGACUCAGCUGAACAGUGGAUUCUUUACGACUGUUAUGCCUUGGCUACCUCAACCUCGACUCAUCAAGAGAAUCGUAGGGGCUGUGACGCUUUGGAGAAUGGUCAAGGUGACGCUUGAUCAGCGCAUCAAGAAGCAAGAGAGGUUCGACGACUUUGCCCAGAUACUCAUUGAUCAGAAACAGAGCACUGCGUACAUCAGCAGAUUCGUCAUUGGUGGUUUGAUGGCUGGGAUCUUGAAUACGAUUGGUACUGGGGCAUACACGAUCGCAUUCGUAGGCGCUUCCUCCUCACUCCAAGCCACGUGUCGAUCGGAGCUCAUUGCCGGACUACGAGCUGCUGCUGCUGCGCGUGGAGAUGAUUACGACGAUCUGUCCACCGCGGAAAAGCUGGAUCGAGUCAAGUUGGAAGAAUGGGAAGCUGGCUUCCCUACCCUGCAUGCCUGCUUCAAAGAGACCAUCCGACUGCUCCUCACCAACUCCUUGAACAGGUAUUACCCCGGCCCAGGCAGGGAUUCUAAAGGGGUCCUCAGGGAUAGACUCAAGAUUAUGGGCCAUGAAAUCGAGGACGAUGCGUACAUCAUCAUUCCGCCUUCUUGUAACCUGCACGAUGCAGACAUGUUCCCGGAGCCUUGGUCAUUCGAUCCUUCGAGGUAUCAACGGGGAGAGGGUGCGAACGAGUACACCUAUCUAGGAUGGGGAUGCGGCAGACACAAAUGCACGGGUAUGCGCUUCGCAAAACUCGAAACCAUCAUUGCUCUGUCGACCGUGUUGUUGACCUUUGAUAUACAGACAGUCGACGAUAAGGGCAAGUCGUACGAUUUGAAGAGCAUCCCCUUGCCAGACCUGAGCCAGAGCCAUUGGAGAGCGCCGACGAGACCCAUGAGGCUGCAAGUGCACAGAAGGAAGCAAUGA